AUGGAUCCGAUAAAGUAUAUCUUCGAAAAGCCUGUUGUUACUGGUAGAAUUUCCCAGAGGCAAAUGUUGCUGACCGAGUAUGAUAUUCAGUAUGUGACCCAGAAAGUGAUAAAAGGGAGUGUUUUGUCUGACUACCUUGCUCACCUACCUGUCGAAGGUUAUCAUCCGUUGAGGUUUGACUUUCCAGAUGAAGACAUUAUGUUUAUUAGAGACUUCACUAUGCCAGGCUCCGAGAUAAACCCUGAGGAAGGCCCCCAACCAGGAUCGCGAUGUACGCUUGUGUUCGACGGUGCUUUUAAUGCUCGUGGCCAUGGCAUAGGUGCUGUUAUCACUUCUCCAACCGGUUUCCACCUCCAUUUUAGCGUUAGAUUAUAUUUUGACUGCACCAACAAUAUGGAAGAAUAUGAAACAUGUAUCUACGGUUUGGAGACGGUCAUCGACUUAAGGAUCAAGAUUCUUGAGGUAUACGGUGAUUCAGCUCUGAUAAUAAGUCAGGUGAAAGGUGAUUGGGAGACUCGGGAUAGCAAGUUGAUACCUUACAAGGAGCAUAUUAGAAAUAUGAUACCCUACUUUGAUGAAAUCUCUUUUCAUCAUAUUCCUAGGGAAGAAAAUCAGUUAGCAGAUGCUCCAGCUACGUUGGCGUCUAUGUUCAAAGUCAAAUGGAAGAAUGAAGCGCCAGCUAUACAUAUUUACCACUUAGAUGAACUAGCGCACUGUCUAGCAAUCAAGGCAGAUCCUGAUGAUAAGCCUUGGUUCUAUGACAUAAAGACAUUUCUGGAGAAACAGCAAUAUCCCUGGAGUAUAUCCAUUACUGAUAGGAAGGCUCUAAGAAGACUCUCUUCCAAGUUCUUCCUAAACAGCGAUGUGUUAUAUAAGCAAAGUUAUGAUUCUGUACUGCUCAUAUGCAUGGAUAGACACGAGGCUAUUUCGACUAUGAUUGGCCGUUUUCCGACCACCACCAUUAAAUGUGAGAAGGAUGAAGAUGCAGAUGAACAACAAUUACGGUUAGCGGAGACAAAUACUUGCCUUUUGAAAUUAUGA